CAACAUCAGCAUCCCGCCAUCAUGAGAGCAGUGUUGCUGUUUCCUUAUGAACUGCCCUGUGUAGAAUCUCACUGCACUGGGAAAAUUAGCCUUUGGCUGCUUGAUGGGAGUUGUAAGUUGCAGUUGGGGCUGGUGUAUAGCCGAGUGAAGGACUGUCCGGGUUUUAAACCGUAAGUGGAGUGAGAAUCACUGAGAAACACUGACUCCAAUCUGGCAACCCCGCCUGGCUGUGAACUCUCCAUUCCGGACUGGGCGCAGCGCCGUGCUGACGGACUGAUGGACGGAUAGACAGAUAGAGGCAAGCACAGGGAAAGAGGGAGAGGAGAAGAAUGAAUGGAUUUGCUGCUGUAGGUAAUAAGAGCAUGGAGCCGAGCAGUUUCCCUGUUCAUGCGGAAUUACGCGCGGGUUCCCCGGUUUUUCCUCACUGCGCAAAAUGAUUCUCUCGGUGGACAGAAACUUUUGUUGAUCAUCGCCUGAAUUCGGAUAUGACACCGAUGCACAUUUCUCACUCGGAUGAUUAGGUGAUCACCAGUUCGGGCCUCAUUAUGAUUGCUACUGGAGGCCUCUUGAGAAUCUCAGCAAGACGCCAAGAUUCCCUCCGUGCCAAAAACCGGGCAGAGAACAAGCGCAAGAGAAAAGCCAAGAAGAAGAGAAAGAAUGAGGUGGUGGUGGUGAAGGGCAAACUGAAGCUCUGUUCGGUCUCUGGGCUGAUUGCUGCACUGGGCAUUAUUGUGUUGCUUGUUGGGAUUGCCUUGGCUGUACUAGGCUACUGGCCUAAAGGAAGUCCGCUUUACCCAGGACUCCUCACAGUUAAAGGCUUACAGAAACCAGCCUUUACCAAUGACAGAGGAGGACCCAAAGCAGUGAACUGGACGACAAGUGGUAAGGUUAUUUAUCAGCUGGAUAAAGAUGUUAAAAGCUCUAAUUCUACUAAUGGCACAACUGAGGAAUCGCCAAAAUUGGGUGUCUUUGCUGAGUUUUUAAACAGACACUUACAUUCAGACAAACUAAAAGUGUUUGGACCAUUGAUAAUGGGCAUUGGUAUCUUCCUGUUCAUUUGCGCUAAUGCAGUCCUGCACGAAAACAGGGACAAAAAGACAAAAAUCAUUAACCUUAGGGACAUUUAUUCAACGGUUAUUGAUAUUCACAGUUUGCGAUCCAAGGACAAUGCUUCACUUAAUGGAUUUGUGAACUAUAUGCAAUCAAAGGGGGUAGAAGGCAAUCCAAGCUCUGUAUACAAUGCUGCUAUGCUAGCAAAGGGCUCAUGGCCAUCUUCAGGAUCUUUCAAACAGGACCAGGAUAGCAGGCCGUCAUCCAGAAACUCAUCUAUUGGCAAACUGGAAGACUUACCUUUGGAUAGUCUUGCCAUCACAGACACAGUGUAUAGCAUUUGCAGGGAUCAGUCACCAGAGGCGAAGCAAUGGGAGACCAAAACAAUUGUGACCUCCUCAGUCAAUGCUUUCACACUACCAUUGAUCAGGCUCAACCACAGGACAGCAGGAAACAGAAGGGGUUCGGAUAAAUCUGGGGAGACCACAAGUGAAUGUCUGGAUUCGGAUGCUAUUCAUCACUGCUUGGAGUCUCUAGUGGCAUCAGGGAGCAUCAGGAAAGCCAAAGUGAAGACUCCUCAAACUCGAACCAUUAUUUCCCAGAACUCAGUGGAAGUUUAUAAGGGUAGCAACAGCCUGCAAGAGAUGCCACACCUCUCUCUUCAAGGCUCACGGGUGCAACUCCUUCCUGCAUCCCCUGGCCCUAAAGUGACAGGCUCUCACCUGUCCUUAAGUGCCCUAUCAGACUACUCCAGGUCCAUUGACUUGGGAAUCUGCCCGUCCACCCCUGUGAACCGGCACAUGGAUCGAACCAGGCGACGUAGCUGUCCUCGACUGGAAGGCCCAAGCAGUGGGGGUUAUAUCAAACUCGAGGGUCUUGGAGGGGAGUCUUUUGAGUCCACUGAUAUGACAAGUUUUAGUCAUGGAAGUUCUUCUGAGCUUUUGUCUAAAGGGCACGUUUCAAAAAAUCCCCUUGUCCAGGAGGAAGAUGUCUCCAGUGAACCUGACCAUGACAUGAUCAGACAAUACUCAAAUAAAGACAAACUGGUGAUGAUUUCCCAAUCAGACACUACCUUAGAGGACCUGGAAAUCGAGAGUGUAGAACUAUAACUGAGCCACCAGAAGAAAUCAGUGAAUUUGCAAGGUUUAAUAGAGACAUUACAUACUAAAGUCAUUACAACAAUCGAUAUUUUCCUUUUUACUCUUACAGUGGAAAUGGAUACAUUUACUUGCUGUAAUGCCUUGGGUACUAAUGAAUAUAUUAUCUUCCUUUCUUUGGAAUUAUGUUUAAUGCCUUCCCAGACCAAGAAUGAAAUUUUAAAAAAAACUUGCAUUGCAGAGAAGAGCAUUAAAAACAUGCUGGCAUGCCAGGAACAUUUAUAAUUGCUAUUUAAUAAGCAAAGAAUAUAUAUAAAGGAAAAGCAACAAAAAAAGUUUUGAAGUGUGGUAGCACAUCGCUACAAGGUUCCAUUUUUGUAUUUACAGUAGAAAAGCAGUAUGUGGCUGUUCCACCUGUCCACCAGUGUGUUUCUUUCUAAUAAGUAAUGGGGAGUUGCUGUCUCAACAGCAUGUAUUUUAUACUGUAGUGUCCUUGCACUUUUUUUUUAAUUAACCAAAUUAAUGAUUUUAAUGGUUUGACUUGAUACAUAGCAAUAUCUUCUUUGAAAUAUCAUCUGCCUGAGGGAGACCCAUUAUGUUUG